AUGAGGCUCCUGGUGGCGCUAUGGGCGGUUCUUGCACACAUCCUGGGCUGCGCCGACGUGCUGCACGCCGGCCACCAGCCGCUGUCGAGGAUCGCCAUCGAGAGGGCGACGGCCGCUCUCGUCGAUUCGGCCAGCAUCAAUGCUCACCCCACGGUUCUUGGCCUCAAGGUGCUCCUGCUUCCCUCACCUUCUCUUCUUCAGUACCACUUAUCUCUUGCUCACUCCCAUUUCCUCGAACUGAAAACGUGCUUGCUACUGAUCGUGCGUCUCUCGGCUUGGGACAUGGUCACUUGGUGGUGUUCCAGGGUCAGAGCAGUGACUGGGUGGUCGUCGAGUUCUCGCAUCCGAACCCCUCCAACGACGACUGGGUCGGCGUCUUCUCUCCUUCAGGUUUCAGCUCUGAAACCUGCCAUGCUUAUACUACCGUCAUUUUGCCGUGGUCCGUGGACGUUGUUAAGUGCUACAGGAUAG